UAAUGUAUUAACUUUUGAUUAACAGAAAAUCAAAAUGAUUGCCGAUGGUUAUUUGGUUGGGGAUGGUUCGUGGGAACUGAGAGUCUACGUCACUGAUCUUCAAGUAGAAAGGAAUUUGAGAGUCAAAGGAGAUCUUCACAUUGGAGGUGUUAUGUUAAAGUUAGUUGAAGACCUUGAUGUUGCCAUCGACUGGUCUGAUCAUGCCCUCUGGUGGCCAGAGAAAAACACAUGGUUGACGCACACCAGGUCAACUCUGGACCAGUGUGGUGUCCAGGCAGAUGCAGUUCUUCAUUUCACUCCUAUGCAUAAAACUUUAAGAGUACAAUUGCCAGAUUUACAGUAUUUUGAUUUAAAAGUAGAUUUCUCAGUUAAAACCUUCGCAUCAGUGGUUAAUCUAUGCAAAGAAUUAGGACUCCGACAUCCAGAAGAAUUAUCAUUCUGUCGUCCUCUGAUGCCUGAACAUUUGAAGAGAAACUAUAGGUAUGUUGGGUGCAGUCCCCGUCAACGAAUACAAGAGUCGAAUUCUCCAAGGAACCCAAAUUUGACACUUAAUCAAAGUAAUUUAUCUGACUCUAUAAAUCCAGAUGGUAUCAUACCUCCAGUGUCACCUUUAAAUACGUCUCAAUGGAACAAUACUACAAGGAGUUACUCUCCUAGUACAGCAAUGUUCAAUGGUUCUUCAUUGAUGUCAAGUUUUUCUUUGAAUGGUAGUAACAGUUCAUUGGAGACUCCUUUGGCCAACAGUCCACGCACUCCGACUGAUGAAGCCAAACAGAAGCUUCUUCGUCCAAAAACAUUGAUAGAAAGAGCUCGUCUGAAUUCUGGAUGGCUGGAUUCUUCUUUGUCAUUGAUGGAACAGGAUGUUAGAGAAUUUGACACAUUAUUGUUACGUUAUAAAUUCUAUAAUUUCUUUGAUCUCAAUCCAAAGUAUGAUUCAGUCCGAAUAAAUCAAAUUUAUGAACAAGCAAAAUGGGCCAUAAUGACUGAAGAAAUUGAUUGUACUGAAGAAGAAAUGAUGCUUUUUGGAGCCCUUCAAUUCCAAGUUAAUCUACAAGCCAAUGUUCCACAACCAGACAGUUUUCAGAGUGACGAAGAUGAUAUAGACUCUGCCCUGACAGACUUACAAGUGUCCUUAGAAGGAACUUCAAUUAACAACAGUUCUGGUGACAUCACACAUGUACCCGAGCUUGCAAAUUACUUGCGGUUCCUAAAACCAAAAAGGUUCACAUUCAAGGGUUUCAAACGACUUUAUUUCACUUUUAAAGAUACUCAUUUGUCCAUUUAUAAAAGGAAAGAUGAUUCCACUGGCCAGCCUUUAUUAGUUAUUAAUUUGAAAGGUUGUGAGUUGACACCAGAUGUGAAUAUUUCUCAAGGAAAAUAUGGAAUUAGACUAGAAGUGCCAAGUCAUGUUGGAAUGACUGAAUAUUGGAUACGUUGUGAUAUGGAGGAGCAGUAUGCAAAAUGGAUGGCUGCUUGUCGACUUGCAGCCAAGGGUAAAACAAUGGCAGAUAGUUCUUAUGAAGCAGAAGUAAAAUCAAUUUUGGAAUUUUUAAGCAUGCAGCACCCAGCACCUACUCCUGCCAUUAGUCCUUCACAAGUUGAUAUUAACCCAGAGGAUUUUGUUGCACCUCGCUUUUUAAGAAAAUUAAAAUCUCGUCAGAUUGUCCAAAGAAUUUUAGAAGCACAUGCAAAUGUCAAGGAUUUAAAUCUGAUAGAAGCAAAAUUAAAUUUCAUUAAAGCAUGGCAAGCUCUUCCUGAAUUUGGAAUUUCUCUGUUUGUUGUUAAAUUUGUUGGAAGUAAACGUGAGGAAUUGUUGGGAGUAGCCUUCAAUCGUCUCAUGCGUAUGGAAUUAAAUACUGGUGAUCAUAUUAAAACAUGGCGUUUCAAUACUAUGAAAGUCUGGAAUGUUAAUUGGGAAGUUAAACAGAUGAUGGUGCAAUUUGAAGAAGAAAAUGUGGCUUUCAGUUGUUUGAGUGCAGAUUGCAAAGUUGUACAUGAAUUUAUUGGUGGUUAUAUCUUCCUUUCUAUGAGAUCAAAAGAUCAAAACCAGUCCUUAAAUGAAGACCUUUUCCAUAAGCUAACAGGAGGAUGGAUCUGAAAUCAAACAUGACUUUUUCUUGCUAGAUCUGUAACAAAUUUUUCAAUUAAAAAGUGUUUAAUGACAUUUUAAAGUGUUACAAAUGUAACAUUGUUAAAGCAGCUGUUCGUCUUCCACUCGUACAGUUGAUCUAGAGUCCUAUUUAAUUAUAUCUACAGUUUUCCUUAUUAAAAUGCAUUUUUAUCUUAAAUGCAUGUUGUAACAUGUUGCUUAAUGUUAAAAAAUAUGUAGAUAUCUCAUUAAGCAACUUUAACAAUUUUAACAUAACUAAUAAGAAUAUGCAGUUGAUCUACAUUUAUCAUCAUCAAUUGUAAUUUUUUUAUUGCAAGUUGACAUUUUACAGUUUACUAGUAAUCUAUUGAAUUUACUUGUUCAAAGUGCAAAUUAGACAUAUUAAAAUGUUUUAUAAUUAAUUAUAGUAUAUAUGAAAAUUGUUAAAAACAGUGAUAUAUUGACUAUGCUACAAUUGUGUGCCUACAAAUAUAACGCUUUGCAAUUAUUUGAUUAAAUUUGGUGUAAAGCACUGAACCAUGAUGGGGGGUUUAAUUCCAAUACCCAGACAGACAGAGUAGAGGAAUAAAUUUCAAUUUUCUUUUGAGAGAAUAGUAUUAGAGGAUUGUUCUUUUUAUAUAUAUAUAUAUAUUUUACAAUUUAAUGUAAAAUGCAUUAUGUGCCUUACAGAGUAUAUUUCCAGGUAAUAAAAAAAAUUUAAAACUUAA